AUGAAAGGGCUACAAAAACCAUCAUUGUUCUCGGCAGCGACUGAGACACUGAUCGCGAACUUAUCACCCUGCUUAAACAGCCAUAAACGAAGAUAUAUUCAAGGAGUUGUCACACUCCUAUGGCCUUUCUCUCUUUCUAGUAAAAAAUUUAGCCUUCUACUUUCAGAGCCUGAUUUUCGGUUACGAGGAUCUAAGGGCCAAGUCAAAGUCAUUUUCCAUAACAAUGCAGCAGAGAAAGUCUCGCAGUCUGGGGUCGAAAUAGGGGAUACCGUUUUCAUAAGCCUAGACGGUGUUAGCUGGAAAGAUGUCGAUGGGAACGACUCGGACUCACGUGGAAUUGAGUGGGAUCUCGAGUUUGACAAACGUGUUUUGUUCGAAGUUUAUCGACAGUCUAAGCCUUUUGCUGUUGUGGAUCUUAAAGACACCCCAAACGAAAUAAUCAAAGAUUCUGUGUAUGAUGGGGAUUCUCCAGUGCCAACCACGACAAUCCCUUCAAUCACUCUGUCCGAACUCACCAACAAAACAUGGUCAUCCCCAGCCUUUUCUCGGUCUCUUGCAAGGCCAAUGCUAUCUUGUGGUGCUGAUGAAGAUAGCUUCGCCUUAGGAAGGGGUAGAAAACGAACAAAAUUUGGAAGGUUGAGCAGUGAAUGGGUCUAUGUUGGUUCCUCAUCCAACCCGCCAACGGUUUCCCGCCAAACCGAGGAAUCGGAAUUCCAAACCGACCUUCAGGAUGCCGACUCUCCAUCACUCUAUCUCCCCUAUGAGACAGGCACAGCAAGCCCUGUCGGACAGCAUGUCGAACACCAAACAUUUACUCUCGCCAUUCCCAAACCACCCACUUUAGCCGACGACAAAAUCGGUAUUUCCUCAGAUUCCCCCGAGAUGCGUAGCUCACCUAGAUCUGUUGAAAGAAACUCAAACCUAGAGGAUUACUGUCCGCCCACUGUAGGAAUACUUCAAAGAGCAAUACGAAAAGGUGAUACUCCUGAAACCCUCAACACCCUUAGAUUGGCUACUACUCGAUCUGGAUUAGAAGGCCGACGCGACGACCGGAAUUUCGGUCAAUGUGAAGUCAAUGUAUCACACAGCAUGUCUUCUCCAAAAAUCCUGCCCGCAAAUUUUUCGGCGAUAAACAUGGCGUCGCCAUUGAACACUUCUCUCUCAUCACAUAUAGUUGAACCGGCAGACAAAAAUACUAUUAGUGAAAAGGAACGGGGCAUUUCAGAGUUUAGAGAACCAAUUCAGAUUGAGCGUGUAUCUGAGAAUCAACUGCAAUCCGCAGGGACUUCAAGUGUAAAAUCCGAAUACGAAGAGCUGGCAGAAAACGACUUAUCUGACAGAAACCAAAGACUCUCUAUGAAUACGGAAGAUUCGUCGAGAUUCAGGGGUGGUGACACAUACCAGCCAAGCGUAGGAAAAAAUGCCAACUUGUCAGCAGGCACAGAUUCUCACGAGCCAUACUACAGUUUCGAUGUUGAAGAGUCAGAAAACAUACCGGUAUAUUCGCCGACCGCAUUGCCUUCUCCCAAAAAAAUAAUCGCCCCCUACCGUGGUGACAGAGAGGAACAUUACAAUAAUUCAACUCUCGUUCAGGUACCAGAGGCACCUUUUAGUUCUGGAGAAAUGCUAGCAAGCCGUUCCUCUCCUUCAGCCUGCUCUGUACACUCUGCACCAGACACACAAAAAGCUGCUAGGUCUCCACGGGCUAUGUCCGUAGCAUCUACACCAGAAAACGCCGGAAAUAUGGAGAUAGAACCAGGGAGGAAAGAAAUAGGGGACGCUACGGCAAGUACGAAGGUUUCUGCCUUGCUGCCUUCGCAUCGUGAGGAAGUUUCUGGUUGCGAAAUCGAAAACACGCAGCAACAUAAUUCUUCGCGCUCAUACGUUCGUAGCAAGUUCUAUGUGGACCCUUCUGUAUACCUUGACAACACCGGCUCCAGCAGUGCAACCUUCGAACACUCGAUAAGCGAAAAUGCUCUGUUACAUACUCCCAUUAAUAAAACACCGUACCACCUACUUCAUCCACCGCCAAUAUCUGAUACCCACGCAUCUCAAACCUCGCCGUCUCUUAGCCUUUCACAGCAACGCCAGCCUUUUCCUGAAUUGGCAUACGUAGCUGAGCCGGGACCAGCGUUCCCCUCUGCAUUAGAAGGUUCUUUUGGACCCUUGUCACAUAACACUUUCAAUAUGCUUGAGCAGCAUCCUCCGCUCAUGCAUCAUACAGACACUGCCCCGUCGGAGUCCGAGUUGGAUUCCAAUAAAGGGAACUCGACCACAAACAUGGAUAUAAUCGAAUACAAUUGCUUCUCAACGCCACUGCGAUCCCCUUGCCUCGGAUCCGACGCGUCCAGCCCAGGCUUCAAACAUCCAUUCCCGCUUGAAAAUCAGCUCAACAGUCAUGUUUCGGGACUUCGAACGAAGCUAUCUUAUUUUUGCCCGCUUUCGCUGCUUCUUGAUAAUUUCAACCAGACCACCGACACAAUUUCAGUUAUUGUGUCGCAAUCUUCUGUCUCGCGGGCCACUCGCGUUCCGCGUGAUCAUUUUAUCACUUUGCAUCUCACGGAUUCGUCUAUCAGGGGAAGUACUGUCUGUGCCCAAAUUUUCUGCAAAGAUAAAACGUGUCUUCCCGCUUGUAUUCAAGGCGACAUUGUCUUGUUGAGAAACUUUAAAGUGGAGAGCGUUGGCCAUAAGAUGAUGUUGAACAGCAUGGGUGAAAGCUCUUGGGCAGUCUUCUCUCAAGGGGCUCCAGGAGAUGUGCAAAUCAAGGGCCCUCCUGUGGAGUUUGGUGAAGAGGAAUUGGCUUAUGUUUCUGAUUUGUACCAGUGGUAUACUAAUGAUGGUCAGGCUUUGGUUGCUCAGGAGACGGCACGGUUGAGGGACAGCAGAAGUGCCGAAACACGGAGCAGUCUUGCACCAAGUGAAAAUAGCAGCGUCACGAGUCGUGGUCAAGACAGCAUAGCUAGGAAAUAUCAUAGGAGAAAAUCCACCCCUCGAAGAAUUGUCGUACAUGAACUCAGAGGCGGUAGGAAAUAUUUAGAUGCCGGUUCACCUUCUGACAAAGAAAGCAUCCAUGAAUUAAGGGACGGCACGGUCUAUACUCAUCUCUGA